UGUUUUUGCUAGUGUUGUUAUUUUCCGAAGAAAAUUUUAAAAACAUCAAGCCGGAUGGCGUAGAUAAUAUGACAUAGUACGAAUUACCGUCAUUGAAUGACUGAUUGACUAACUGACUGGUCAACUGAAUGAUUAGUUGUUACAUCAUUGGAUAACUAACUGACUGAUUUGGUUGGCUGAUUAAUUGACUAACUUGUUAACCGGUUAACUGGAUAGAUGUAUUAUCUAAAUAACUGAAUAUUUCGAGAUUAAUUUACUACAUAUUAUUAUUUCUUCAGUGGUCUUUGACAUAUUUUUUUACCAAGUACCUAAAUCAACAAUCAACUUUGAUAACAUUAAUGAUCGUAUAUUCAAUGACAGUAUCGGUCAAUGUCAUGAUGUAUAAGAAGAAAUGAAAAAUAAAAAAAACCUAAAUAUCAAUGCAUACACAUGUAUACACACACAUAUAUAUACACACACGUACUCCACUUAUUCCUAAUAAUCACCAAUCUCCGAAUAAUAAACAGAUAAUUUAAUCUAUUCCAAUAGUAUAUCAAUAAAUCUACUUUAAAUAUGUUUGGAUAACGAAUUCUCCCCCUUCGGAAUUUUUUUUCACAAAAAAGGAAAAUUAAUAAAACUGAUCUUUCAUAUAGUUACCGUGAUCAUUUGUUUAUUUUCAUCUAUUAUCAAAUCUAAUCAAAAUGAAUGGAAUUAUACAACUAAACUACAUAUAUAACUAUCAAAUAAUUAUUCCAUUGAUAUCAACUUAUCAUAUAUGAUUAUGUAUAUACAUACAGAUAAUUAAGUAGUAUAUAUAAAAUCUUCUUAAUUUUAUAAUUAUAUUGAAUUGAAUUAAAUUUUUCUUUUUCAAUCAUUAUCAUCUCAUGACAAGAAAAUUAAUUCCAAUUAUAAUUUAUUUAAUUAUUCAUUAUACAAUUAUCAUUCAAUUAAUAAAAUCAAUACCAAUAGUAUCUAGUGUUAAAGGUUGUGUAACUUAUGUAUAUAAUAAUAAUUAUUCAAUGCGUCAAUCAAUAUGUGAUAAAUUAAAUACAAAUUAUCAAAUUAUUCCAAUGAAUUUACCUAGUGAAUUAAUUAAAUUAACAAUUAAUCAUCAAAAUAUUAAUUUAUUAAAUAUGAGUCAAUUAUUACAUUUACCUAAUUUAAUUUAUUUAAAUUUAGAUUCAAAUAAAAUUAAAAUUAUUCAAUUACAUACAUUUAAACAUUUAACUAAAUUAAAAAUAUUAAGUUUACGUUAUAAUUCAUUAACUAUAUCAUAUGAAUCAUUUCAUCCAAUGGUUAUGAAUGAUUUAAUUCAAUUAAAUUAUAUUAAUUUAUUACAUAAUCCAAUUGAUUAUAUACCAAAUCGAUUUUUUUUACCAAUAAGGAAAACUAUACAAUCAAUAAUUAUAUCAAAUAAUUUAAAUAAAUUAAUAUUAUUAAAUGAAAGUUUCUAUGGUUUAUAUAAAUUAAAAUUAUUAGAUUUAAGUAAUAAUAAUUUAGAUUAUUUACCAGAUACAUAUGAAUUAUUAUUUAAUCAAAUGCAAUUAAAUGAAUUAUAUUUAUAUGGUAAUCCAUGGAAAUGUGAUUGUCAUUUAAAAUGGUUAAUUAAAUGGUUUAUUAAAUAUAAUAAAAAAUUAAUUUAUUAUAAAUCAAUAAAUGAUAUCAUAUUAAAUAAUAAUAAUAAUGAUAAUAAUAAUAAUAAUAAUAUUGAUUUAGAUAUUAAUUAUUGGUUAAUAAAUGAACAAAAAAAUAAUAAACAAAUUGAUAUGAAUACAAUAUUACAACCUAAAUGUGCUACACCAAUUAAAUUACAUGGUAAACCAUUAUUUAAUCCAAUUAUUAAUAAUAAUAAUCAUAAUAAUAAUCAUAAUGAUACACAAAUGAUACGUACUGUGGAUUUUUAUUGUUCACCUGAAUCAUAUACACCUAAUCAACAAAUUCAAUUUAUAAGGGGUAAUAAUUCUACAUUAAGUUGUAAAUUUUUUGCUGAUCCAACUGGUAUUGUUAUAUGGUAUAAAGAUGGUAUAAGAAUACAAAAUCAUUGGCCAAGAUUAAUAACUAAACAAACUCAAGGUAGAAAUUUUUUAGCUGAAUUAACAAUUGAAAAUAUACAAAAUUCUGAUGAAGGAAUUUAUGUUUGUUAUUUAGAUACAGGUUAUGGUAAUGUAAAUACAACAUUUCAUGUACAAGUGGAUGGUGGCACUUCCAUGGAUGAAACAUUUUAUCAUAAUGGUGUAUUUUAUUGGAUUAGUAAGUUGGAUACAACUCUUGUACUCAAGUACACUGGAAUGAUAGCUGCAUGUUUAAUCAUACUAUUAGUAAUUAUGGGCUUAUUGAUAUAUUUAUUCAAUGGAAAGAUGUAUUGUCGACCAAAAUUAUGCAUUAAUAAAACAGUACCAACUUAUGAUAAUAGAUCAGAUCAGUUCAAACAAGGACUAGGUGGUGAGUCAAAUACAAUAAACACUAGUAAUUUCAGUACGUUGAGUGAUAAAAAUACUAUUACUAAUUCAAAAAGUACGUAUACACUGCAAGGACAAAAUCUAAAUCUUUGUACACCAUUGGAAACUAAGAAUGAGAAUAUAGUAAUGACGUGUAAACGUUCUCCAACAUCCGAAUUACAUGAUCAUGUUUACUUGCAUUGUACUAAUUCUAACGUCUUAGAUCAACACAAUCUAUUAUCACAUAAAUCACGUGAUCCAACAUUUGAUAAUUAUGUAACAGUUCGUUUAUUACCAACAGUGACAGGUAGUGAACUUACUGUUCCUUGCCCUAUACAUAACUAUGCAUUUAUACAUCAAGUUUCUACAGAUCCAACCACAGUAUCAGCUGCAAAUAAUGUAGAUAUUAAUUAUGAUGGUGUUGUUACUGAAUCUAUGCAGAUAAUUCCAGAAUCUCAUCUUUCUUCAUCGAACAUAAAAAAAUAUAAUCCAAUGGAAAAUUCAAAUUUAACUACUUCUGUAAGUAAUAUGAAAAUAUCUAGUACUUCUGACGAAAAUGUUGCAUUAAAAACCUAUAAAGUUAUAAGUACUGAUUCAGGUAAUAUAAACAAUAAAAUUACCAGCAAUAUUGAUAAUAAUUGUUUGAAUUCAUCGGAUUACAAACCUUGUCCGUUACAUGGUAAUAUAUAUGCAACUCUUCAAAGUAAAGAUAAGAAGAAUAUUUCCGCAGAAAUACGCAAACACAUCGCCAGUGUACCACCAGGUUUAACAGGAUUAAAUUAUGACAAACAUCAUACACUACCAAAUAAAAAGUUUCGCACACAAUUAUCUACUUCUACUACUAAUAUGACUAUUACAUGUCCUAAUAGUACUAGUGAUAUUCUUAGGACCAACACUACAUAUACUACUAAUUCUGUAACAGACUCACUAAUGGAUAAAUGAUAUUUUCUUAACAGUAUUGUACAUCGUUUAAACAUCUGACUGAGUAAAUGAACAGUUAUAAUUAUUGUAUGAUAUAAUGCAAAAUUACUGAUGCAGAAUACACAUAUACUUACAUAUGAAUGGAAUCAUGUACACUCUUGUCAAUAUGUAUAUUAGUACAAUGACAUCGAAAGAAAGCAAAUAAUAAUUUAUUGCUGUCUAUUUAAAUGUCAAAAAUGGAAUAUACUACAAUAACUACUCACCAUACAGAUGAGAAGUAAGCUUUUUAAAAAAAAUGUAAAUAUACAUAAAAAGACUGCCGUUGCUUUUCGAAAAUUUCAGUUCUGUCUUUCCAUAUAAAAUGUUUGAUCCCCUUCUAGAAAUUUCUGAAAACUUAGGAAAUUCUUUACUGAUUUAAAUGAAUAUAAAGAUUUCGUACUUUAGCUUACUUUCAAUGUAUGCAAAUUAACGUUGAGAUAUAUUUUCAUAGUUUUAAUCAUGAAAUGAUCAUAUCUACACCACCAGCGAAAACUAGGAAGCACUGGAUAGAGAUUUUUAUGAUACUAUUGGGCUCUUCAACACUGAUCAAACAAGACUCCAUUAUAAAGAAUGGAACCAAUGAACGCUUAACCUUGAGACCUCCCAGCCGCCAACUGGUGAUGUAUGUACAACAAUUCAUAUAUAACAAAUUAAAUUGUUACAUUGUUUAAAAAGUCGUUGAUUAAAACCUAUUACAGCAUCUUAACAAUAAAAAAAAUGUUGGUCGCUUCAUCAGUUCAUAUUAUAUAUUUUGAAUAAUCAAGCCGGAAUUCAUUAGUUUACAUUUUCGAUUUUAGGCCUUAUCAUAAAACAAGAUUUUUAAAGAAAGAAAAUAGGAUAACUUGGCAAAUAGUACUGAAUUCUAGCCACGUUUUUAAUUGAUCAACAUAAACCAGUUCAUCAGUUCAUAAAAUGAUGUCAAGCGUCAAGCAAUUAACGAUGAAUAAACAGUACCUGAUGGCCGGAUACCAUCAGUAACACCCUACUAUGUGAGAGAACAAAGGAGCUUCCAGUUGAAGAGGUAAUCAUGAAAAAGCGUUGAAGGUGGAUAGAACAUGCAUUGAAGAAAUCAUCAUACUGCAUUACGAAGCAAGUUCUAACUUGAAAUCUUGGAGGGAAACAGAAGUGGGGAAGGCUGAAUAACACACUACGUCGGGAUCUGGAAACAAACACCAAAAGGAUGAAUGGUAACUAGAAGGAAGUGGAAAGGAUUGCUCAGGACAAAGUUUGAUGAACAAUGCUGAUCAUUGGCCUAUUCUUCACCACGAGGUUUAACUGACGUAGAUACUUCGGAGAAAAAACAAUUCUAUUCCAAAGGAAUAAGAUCUUGAGGCAAGAACUGUAGCCACUGGUUUUGCAACCAACUUUUAAAAUGUACAAAAUCUUUUCAAAUGUAUUACAUUUCACCUUAAAUUACAAGUAACUUAUUUGGUUAAUAUUUCAUGUAAAUUAUAUUCUACAAAUUAAAUUGAUAUAAAUCAAUAACAACCAGGAAACAUCAAUCAUUUUGUUGCUUUUGUUCAAACAUUUCUGUAUAUUUAUGUGUAUUUAGAAAAAAAUUGUAUUUGUCUACAAUACACAUUCCAUUAUUAUUUCAAUGAGGAUAAUUGUUAAUUUGUUGCUUAAGAAAUUCAGUAUAAAAUUAUGUUUUGUAUAUCAUUAAAAGUUCACAUGUAUGUGUAUGAAUCUAUAUUAUAUAUAUUAUCAAAA